UCUCCUACAAACAAUCAUUAAUGUUUGCAUCUCUCUCUCUCUCUCGCAGACACACACGCACACAUUACACGUUGUUUUUCUCCCUGAGAACCUCUCUCUCUCUUCCACACUUUUCGCUCGUUUGUCUGGAUCUUCUAUCAUCCUUCAGCAUCAAAGCUUCGAUCAAUGCGUUUCCUGUAAAGAUUACGAACAUCGCUCACUCCGCAUAACGAUAUCCCUGGCGCAUUUUGAUCGGCCGGCAUUUUCGCUCGGAUAUGAUCAAUGCGAUCAAUAACAAUUGGUGGUAAUUUUGACUAUUAGGGUUUCGGCUUGGGGUUUGCAUUGUUCUCCAGGGAUGUAAUGUAGUCCGUAGGAAAAAAAAUAUUAAUCAUUUUUUUCGUUGCCACUUCCUUGAUCCGCCGUGUUGGUGGUGCGUUUUGUCGGGGCGAUUUAGCGCCAGCGGCGUUUGAAAUUCGGGGUUUAGGUGGAAAUUGAAGAGAUUUGGAGCUGGUUUAAUUUGAAAAUUCUGGAGCUACUUAAUCGACGUUGCCAUGGAUCAUGUUGUGGGUGGAAAGUUUAAGCUGGGGAGGAAAAUUGGUUGUGGUUCAUUUGGCGAACUCUAUUUAGGUGUGAACAUACAGAGUGGAGAAGAAGUAGCUAUCAAGCUGGAAUCCGUUAGGACCAAACACCCUCAACUUCACUACGAGUCAAAAAUUUAUAUGCUUCUACAGGGAGGAACUGGCGUGCCCAACUUGAAAUGGUUUGGAGUUGAGAAUGAUUAUAAUAUCAUGGUCAUAGACCUUCUGGGGCCGAGUUUGGAGGAUCUCUUCAACUAUUGUAACCGGAAAUUCUCCUUGAAAACAGUAUUAAUGCUCGCAGAUCAAUUAAUUAAUAGAGUGGAAUACACACAUUCAAGGGGAUUUCUUCACCGUGAUCUUAAGCCUGAUAAUUUUUUGAUGGGCUUGGGGCGCAAAGCAAACCAGGUUUACAUAAUAGACUUUGGUCUUGCUAAGAAAUAUAGGGAUCUCCAGACUCAUAGGCACAUUCCCUACAGGGAAAACAAGAAUCUCAUUGGCACUGCUCGCUAUGCCAGUGUUAAUACACACCUAGGGGUUGAACAAAGCCGAAGAGACGAUUUAGAAUCUGUUGGUUAUAUCCUAAUGUAUUUUCUGAGAGGAAGCCUGCCCUGGCAAGGACUUAAAGCUGGUACCAAGAAGCAAAAAUAUGACAGGAUCAGUGAGAAGAAAAUGUUGACUCCGAUAGAGGUACUAUGCAAAUCAUAUCCAUCAGAGUUCAUUUCAUAUUUUCAUUAUUGCCGUUCGUUAAGAUUUGAAGACAAGCCAGAUUAUUCUUACUUGAAGAGGCUCUUCCGAGAUUUAUUUAUUCGUGAAGGUUACCAGUUUGACUAUGUGUUCGAUUGGACCAUAUUGAAGUAUCCUCAGAUUGGUUCUAGUUCCAAAACAAGGAAUCCCUCUGGCAAUGCCAUUGCUGGAACUUCUGGUGAAAAACCAAGAAGAACAUCAGUUGGGCAAGAUAUUAAAGAGAGAUUCUCGGGUGCUAUUGAAGCUUUUGCUAGGAGAAAUGCUUCAGCUGGUCGUCAUGGUGAACCGUCAAGACACCGAACACUAGAAGAUGUUCCUUUAUCCAGGGAUGUGCAACUUGAUUUAGAGAGAGGGCGUGCUGCACGAAACGUGAGCUCGACAAAGAGAGCAGCAGCCAUUUCAAGCAGCAGACAAAGCUCAUCGAUUGAGGCUACUGAUGGGCGCUCUAGUAGAUUGGUAUCAAGCAAUGGACGUCUAUCUACUACCACAACACACAAAUUUCAACCCAGCGUUGAGAUGAAGCCAUCAGCUUUUUCGCGUGGUGCAAUUAAAGGCUCUGGCUCUCGUGAUGACCUACGAAGCUUUGAGUUCCUCUCAUUAAGGAAAUAACUAGCUGGAAUGAUGCUUUUCAUGCUAUCCAUCUCACUCUUGUAAAUGUGCUCACACCUAAUCUUCUUUUGCCGGUAUUGGCCAGGACUUCUUUUUCUUUUUUUCUUUUCUUUUCUGGAGUUGUCUGUUGUAAUGCAUUGUUUGCUCAUCCAAAGUUAUUGAUGAGCAGGAAUUUUCCAUUUUUGCUAGAGAAAAUAGCUGUAUUAUUUUUGUUCAUGUAUGGUACCGUACGGAUAUAUUUAUUUACCCAAUUAGUAAUUAAAAAUCACCAAAACUUUCAGAUUUGAA